CCCGCGCGAACAUCAUGGACGAUAGACGAGAUAAUCGCGUGGUUAUAACGAUAUUGUUUCUAUGUUUACUGUGGUAUGCGGUAUCCAGCAGCAGCAAUGUUGUCGACAAAAUGCUGUUAUCCAAAUUUCCAUAUCCGUUGACGGUGACCAUGGUUCAAUUAACCUCGAUCACAGUGUAUUCCGGCCUGUUCUUCAAUUUGUGGGGUGUAAGGAAAUAUUCGUCUAACAUAACAUGGAGCUACUAUUUGCGGCUUAUCAUACCUCUAGCUCUGGGCAAGUUUCUCGCAACCGUUUUCAGCCACGUCAGCAUCUGGAAAGUACCCGUCUCUUAUGCUCAUACUGUGAAGGCUACAAUGCCUCUUUUUACGGUGGCUCUAUCAAGAAUAAUACUUCGGGAGCAGCAAACAUGGAAGGUAUACUUGAGCCUUGUACCGAUAGUUGGCGGCGUAGCUGUAGCGACACUAACAGAGCUUAGUUUCAACAUGAUUGGCUUGAUAAGCGCUUUAGCGUCCACUAUGGCGUUUUCUUUGCAAAAUAUUUAUUCAAAAAAGGUGUUACAUGACACAGGCAUACAUCACUUGCGGCUGCUACAUAUACUUGGUCGUCUAGCUCUAUUUAUGUUCUCACCAAUUUGGAUUAUGUAUGAUUUACACAAUUUGAUGUACGAACCGAUGUUAAAACCAUCCGUAGAGAUAAGCUAUUAUGUAUUAGGACUAUUAUUUCUAGAUGGUAUACUUAAUUGGUUUCAAAAUAUUAUUGCAUUUUCCGUGCUAUCUAUUGUGACGCCUCUGACAUAUGCGGUAGCGAGUGCUAGCAAACGUAUAUUUGUGAUAGGAGUGACAUUAUUCGUACUUGGCAAUCCAGUUACAUGGCUUAACAUAUUUGGUAUGACUAUGGCCAUAUUAGGAGUAUUAUGUUACAAUAAGGCUAAGUAUGAUCAAAGAAUAGAGAAAGAAAAGAAGACAAUUCUUCCGAAUUAUUAUGAAACAAUUCAAAAUGGUAAUAGCAGUUCCUUCUUGGUUAAUGGAUUUGCCAGCAAACAUCAAUCAUUUGCAGUCUAG